AUCACAGAGUACGCUUAGGAUCACUUCAGAGUGGCAUUAGAAGAAUGGUAUCCAGUGUGUGUUAAAUAUACUGAGAGCUGGUAUAUUUCAGACAGGUGAUACACUUCCCUGUCACCUGGUGAUGUGUUAUAUGUGUAAUAAACACAUACACAUUAGUGCUGAGGGCUGCAGGCAUCUACAUUAGAACUGACCCAGAGUGUGCUCUUUGUGUGUGAUGUAGUGUGUGUGAAUGUGAUAGAAUUCAGUGUCAUUACCAUCUUCAGCUGUUUCACUCCUCUUCCUCUCUGCAGCCUCAUGCAGAUGAUUAUGGUCAACAGGUCAAGGUAAACCUUUUAGGUAAAACUUUUUAACCUUUAUGGUGUGCUAUGUGGUCAUUUUGAAUCUAUUUUAUUUCCAUUUCUACUUCCUUACUAGAGGUGUUUAUUACUCACCCUGACUCAGCUGCUUUGUCUCCUCUGCUCUGGUCUCAUGUGUUCUUAUUCUCUUCAUCUCUCUUUCCUUCUCAUAUUGCACAUUCACCAAGACACAUAACCACGAAGGCAAAGACAUUUCUAUAUGUGUGUGUACAAUAUAUCACAAUACGUCUAAUAUGAGCAAUAGGUUCAUUAUUAUACAAUAAUGGACAUUCACAAGACACUAAAACUCCAAUCAUGACAGAGUUUGAAACUAAUGUCCAGUUUUGUCUGUUACAAUUUCUCAACGCUCGAGGUCACGUGUUCAGAUUUCUUGUUUUGUCCAACCAACAUCUCAAAACCCAAAGGUUUUCAGUUUUCAGGAGACAGAGAAACCAGAAAAUAUUCACAUAAGGCCCACGAAUAAAGCAAUUAUAUAGUAACAGGGAAAACACACAGGAAGAGAGUGGGUGGACGUAACAGAUGUAAGGGAUGUACAUUUUCAGCUUCUUGGUUCCGUGGGGAAUAUAGUGCUGUUUGGCAGGUGAUAACCAAAGUAGUUUCAUUUCUGUGAAAUCAAUGUCGCGUGAUGAUCGCGUCACGACGUCACAUUGACGCGACGGAAAGCUGUCUUCUCCACGCUGUUCACCGAGCUGUUCUAUGUACGUGCUACCAGCACGGGGUUCUUGUUUUUCUUGGCUUAAAUCAUGGAGAACAAACGUUCGGACUCCUUCGGAAAGAAACCAAAACCCGCGAAGAUGAAAGACGGCGUCGACCCGGUGAAAAACUUCGAGAAAUGGAAGAAAAAAUACACGAAGACGAAAGCACGAGUGAAGCGACAGAAAGCGAAUACGAAGAAGCCGGAGUGGCAGGUCGAACGGGAGUACAUCCAAAAGCUGGUCAGCAGGUACGGAGACAUCAACGCCAAAGAGGCUGUCAAGUUCUCAGACUUCCCCAUUUCAAAGAAAACCCUGCUGGGGUUGCAGGAGGCUCAGUACAGACAGCCCACAGAGAUCCAGAGACAGACUAUCGGCUUCGCUUUGCAAGGUAAAGAUGUCCUCGGCGCGGCCAAGACUGGCUCCGGGAAGACUUUGGCCUUCCUCAUCCCGGUGCUGGAGUGUUUGUACCGACAGCAGUGGAGCUCCAUGGACGGCCUUGGUGCGCUCAUCAUAUCUCCUACCAGAGAACUCGCCUACCAGACCUUCGAAGUCCUGCGCAAGGUGGGCAAGAACCACGAGUUCUCUGCGGGGCUCAUCAUCGGCGGCAAGGAGGUGAAGAGCGAGUCGGAGAGGAUCCACCGCACCAACAUCGUCAUCUGCACCCCGGGCCGGCUGCUCCAGCACAUGGACGAGACGGCCACUUUCCACGCCUCCGACCUUCACAUGCUGGUCCUGGACGAGGCGGACCGCAUCCUGGAUAUGGGCUUUGCGGAUACACUAAACGCCAUCUUGGACAACCUCCCUAAGUCCCGGCAGACGCUCCUGUUCUCCGCCACGCAGACCAAGUCAGUCAAAGACCUGGCCCGGCUCAGCCUCAAAGACCCAGAGUACGUGUGGGUUCACGAGAAGGCCAAGUUCAGCACUCCGGCCACCCUGGAGCAGAGCUAUGUGGUGUGUGAGCUCCACCAGAAGGUCAACAUGCUCUACUCCUUCAUCAGGAGCCACCUGAAGAAGAAGAUCAUAGUCUUCUUUGCGUGCUGCAAGGAGGUACAGUACCUGUUCAGAACCUUCUGCCGUCUAAGGCCCGGCAUGCCCAUCCUGGCUUUGCAUGGCAAGCAGCACCAGAUGAAGAGGGUGGAGGUCUACAAUGAUUUCCUCAGGAAGCAGAAUGCUGUGCUUUUCGCCACUGACAUAGCCGCCAGAGGCCUGGACUUCCCCGCUGUCAACUGGGUGCUGCAGUACGACUGUCCGGAGGACGCUGAAACCUACAUCCACCGGGUGGGCCGGACCGCCAGGUACAAGGAGGGAGGAGAGGCCCUACUGCUGCUGCUCCCCUCAGAGGAGAAGGGCAUGGUCAGCCAGCUGCAGGAGAAGAAGGUUCCCAUCAAUAAGAUCCAGGUGAACCCAGACAAGCUGCAGAAUGUCCAGCAGAAGCUGGAAGCCUUCCUGGCCCAGGAGAAGGAGCAGAAGGAGAGAGCCCAGAGGUGUUUUGUUUCUUACCUGCGCUCCGUCUACCUGAUGAAGAACAAAGAGGUGUUUGACGUCUUUAAACUCCAGAUUCAGGAGUACGCCCUUUCUCUGGGCCUCGCUGUGGCUCCUCGAGUCCGCUUCUUAAACAAGGUUCAGCCACAGAGAGCUGGGAGAGAUGAGCAGAGAGAGGAGGGGCAGUCUGAGGAGGAGGAAGAGCUGAGGAGCUUUAAGGCCCAGCUGAGAGGACACGCUCCUCACGGGGAAGGUCAAAACUCAGAGGAGGAGGAGGAGGACUCGAGUGAGGAUGAGGAGAGUGAUGAUGGACAAGAUGUGGGUCAGUCCAGGGCACUACGUCUGGGCGCAAAUAACGACGAGGAAGAUGAUGACGAUCUGAGAGACUUGGACCUGCUGACAGUCAAAAGAAAGGAUGUCUUCAGUCUUACAGGGGACGAGGAGAGUGCGGAGGAACCCGCCAAAGGCUCCAAAAAGAAAAUGGAAAAAGAGACAAAGUUCAAAGAGGCCAAAAAAGUCCUCAAGAGAAACUUCAAAGUCAACACCAAAGUGACUUUUAAUGAAGAAGGGGAGGCUGUGCGCCUGUGGCCACCAGUCCAACAUUCAGCGACCGCUGAAGACGAGGAAGAGGAUGAGCAGGUUUCAGGUAUCAACGUGGAGAAGGCCAGGGAGAGGCUGAAACGCGAAGACCAAGAGUUUGACAAGCAGGAGUACAGCCGUAAGGUGAAAGCCAAACACAGAGAGAAGAGGCUGAAGGCAAGGGCAGCCAGGAGGGAGGCCAGCAAGCAGCACGGACAGCAAUCUGACGAGGAGGGCGAGGACGAGGUGGUGGCGUACCUGGCCAAUCACAGCGAAGAUGAGUUUGACCCCAGCACCUUGCCGGAUCCUGACAAGCUGCGCUCAGAGGAGGAGGAAGAAGAUCAGGGUCAGGAUCAGGAUUGGAAAAGGCCAGCUAAACGACAGAACAGCAGUGAAAGCAGUGAUGAGGAAGAUGAGGAGUUCACAGCAGGGAGGAGGAAAAGAGCGAGACAGCAGGAUGAAGAAGACACUGCUCUGGACACUGGACUCUCUCUGGCUGAGGACGAGGAGUUAGUCUUACAUCUGUUAGGAGGACAGAGGUAGAGAAAACAGGGAGGAUUUACAGACACUAUGAACUCAUCAGUUAAAUAAAGUUCAGAGAACAAAGUCAGUUGUUAAAUGAGAAAAUGUAAACAGGUAGUGGAUGGUGAUGACACAGCUCCACACACAGAAACAUUCAGGUUCCUCUGUUCAGUUUUAAAGUUUCUACGUUCAGAUAUGGAUUCACAUUCAAUAUUCACAGUGAUGUAAAUAACAACUUCAUAAGGUCACGAUAUGGCAGAUGUUGUGUUUUAACUUGACUGAUCCCAAGUGGCCAAAAAUCAUUACUGCAGCUUUUGUGGGAUUUAACACAUCCACUGACCUGUUGAUUAAAUUUGACCUGGCAGAUGCUGUGAAGAGAAAUGUUAGAAUCAGAAUCAGAAUCAGUUCUAAGUUAAAUAUAUAAAUAUGAGACAGUGUCAUGAUCAGUCACUGUCACUCACCAAGAGAAACUGAGGUGCUUUGCUGUUUAUGUGAUGGCUUUGUAACACAGAGGUUUUCAGCUGAGUCAGUUUUUUAUGUUUGAAGGCAGUCCACUGUCAGGAGCUUCCUGUUUCAUCUCCCUUAUCCCUCUCUCUCUGAGUCCCAGUGUAUCUUCAUAACCACCUUCAUCAUCAGAGGGACUGGGGGUCAUGUAUUGAAUAUUUAACAUGAUUUGUCUCAUGUAAUAAAAGUAAUGUAAUGUCAGCUAUCACCAUUUAGGAAUCAACCUGGAUAUUGAGUUCCUCUAUUAAAGAAUUUAUACAGUGUUCAGUUUGAUGGAGUGAAAGUGACUUUGACCAGGACUCUGCAUUCAUAAGUACUACAGUGAUUUUAGGAUAGAUUAGAAGGAUUAGAAGUUCAGGAUUAAACACUGUCAUGAGUUGAGGUCUCAGUCUGCUGGCCAGCUGCAUCCUGAUCUCUCUCCAGUUGCAUUCACUUGUUCAUGGGAUAAGUGACAGAAGACAAGAUCAAACCCUGCUUACUUUCACACACCUGUCCAUCAGUCAGUGUGGCAUAGAGAGGUUUGUACACCACCUGUACUGUAUGUGUAAAGUACAUUAAUGUGUCUUAGGAACAGCAGCUGAUUAUAUUCCUGUGAGCAAAUCUGAAAAAUAGAAUCAAUAAAAACUUUAUCUUGGUGCCAAAAUAA